GUAAAACAAAACCCCUCCCCCUCCCAUCAUCACGUUAAAUUAAUUGCAUGUAUUUGUCUGAAUCGUCUUUAAUUCCUUAAAACAAAACCCUUCGCUGUCGGCGUAGCCAGCAACAAAUGAAGCCAGGGGAAAUGAAGAAGCAAGAAACUUGUAGAGAAGUUAAGCUAUGAUGACGAUGAUGAUGACGAUUUAGUGAAGUGGAAAGCUACGGUGCACAAGUUUAUGGAGGAAGGCGUGGUACUUUGGGGAAAAAAUAUAUUGAUUUUGGGUUGAUUGAUUAAUCAGCGAGUAGUUUAAAUCGCUUAGUCCGUUCGUCGGUGAGCAUAUCUAUAGACGGGAGAGUUCAUCGUGAUGAAUGAAAUUUUUUAUCGGGGUUACCCUUCUUAUUAAAUUAAACUUUGCUACUUCGAGUUUACAAAUACUAGUUUGAUUCGUGUGGAGUUUUUUUUAUCAAAUCUUUCGCCAUAAUAUUCACUAACGGUGCUGAUAGAUUGACUGCUUCAAUUCGGUAUGUAAUCCAAGAAAGCACUGGAAAGUAACACGAGGGAGAGCUAUUAACCCACUAUUGCUUGGCGAUUUACUUGGGUUAAAUCGGUUGUACAUAAAGAUGCUUUCCAUGAAUUAGAUCCAUAUUCUAGAAGGAAAGAUUUCCCAUUACCCACAAUUUUGUUAUUUGUGCUCAAUCAGAACUGUAUUUCAUAGUAAGUAACUACCAAGUCGUUACUGAUCAGAAAAGUGAAAUCUUUCUCACUCAGAUUUACCAGAACGAAAAAGAAAACCCAGCCGCAGUCCCCAGUUGUCAUUUUCCAACCGAGUAAUUGCACUGCACUGUUACUGUAUUUUCCUUUUCCCCACAGUUCUCUCUCACAAUCAGCCAAAAUCAAUUAAAAUUUGUAGAACCCCACCACCACUCCACCAGUCCAGAGUCCACCUACUUUACUCUCUCGUUCGUCUCUCUCCAUCUCUCUCUGAUCUGUACUACUUCCCCUAGUCUCCCGUUCACUCCCUUCCUCCUCUCGCCCCCAAAAUUUCCUUCGAUUCUCUUGCUCUCUGCUUCACCUCCUUACCGCCCCUUCCCACUGCUACUCCCAGUUCCAGGCCGAGCAAAACCAUCAUCUCCAUUGCCGUUUUGGUUCCCCCAGCUCCUCUCAGGUUCUUCAAUUUCUUUAUGGGGGCAUUGCUGAAAGAUAGAGAAAGAUUCGGGUUUGACCUGCUUUUUGGUCUUCUCACCACUGUUGCGUACUUGGGUUCGAUUCAUCUUCUUUUGCUGUUUUAGAUUGGUGAAGGAUACUCUGUCUCUUGGGGAGAAGUCGUGUUUGUGUAUGGCAGUUUGCACUUUCCCUGCAUUGGUUUAUUUGGGUUUGGUUUAGGAUUGAUUUCGCUGUGCUUACCAGUUGGAGGUAAAAAGGUCUGAUUUUGGAAAUCUUUUGAGCUGUAGCAUGUAGACAUUUACCAAGUUUGCUACUUUUGCCAUCUUUAGCUCCCCAAAUGUACACCUUGAAUCUUGCCAUUUCUUCCCUAAAAGAUUUAGACGAUUGGUGGCUGUCUCUCAUUUCCUUACAAGGUAGUCCACCCAGAUGUUAUAUGGUUAUUUAAGGUUUCCUCACAAGUAGCAUUCCUGCUACAACAAUUGAGGGACUGUUGGUGAGGGUUUAUACUUCAUAUUGGUGCUGAAGCAAAAUGCAGAAUGUACGUUUGGUGGUAUUGCUGUUAUUGGUGGUGACUGCACUCGGGCAAUCUGAUUUCGAUGCCCUCUUGGAGCUCCGGAAGGGUAUUGUUGAGGACUUAUCGGGGAGAGUGCUCGAGUCGUGGGAUUCUACAUCUGUGGCUUCCAAUGGUUGUCCCAAGGAUUGGUAUGGGAUUGUGUGCAAUGAUGGCAGUGUGGCCUCAAUAAAUCUGAAUGGGAUGGGCUUAGGUGGGAAUUUCAGUUUCCCAGUGAUCUCUGGUUUGAAAAUGUUGAGCAACCUGUCCAUUUCGAGCAAUCAUUUCAGUGGUACUAUCUCGGAUGUCGGUUCAUUCCAGUCCCUUCAAUUCUUGGAUCUAUCCAACAACUUGUUUGAGGGUGUUGUACCGUUUGACAUUGUGAAUUUGAAGAGUUUGGUCACGUUGAAUCUUUCUGCCAACAACUUUCAAGGAAUGGUUCCUUCGGGUUUUCGCAAUCUUGAGUCUUUGAAGUACUUGGAUCUGCAUGGUAAUAGCCUCUCUGGGGACGUCAUGAAUCUGUUCUAUGAACUAGGUAGCUUGGUUCAUGUUGAUCUGAGCAACAAUCAGUUUUUGGGUUCAUUGGAUUUGGAACUCGGGAGUCCUAGCUUUGUGUCGUCGGUUCAAUAUCUAAAUAUAAGCUAUAACGCGUUGAACGGUGAAUUGUUUGCUCAUGGAAUACCAUCUUUUGGUAGUCUGGAGGUUUUUGAUGCCACCAACAAUGGGUUGGUUGGUACAAUACCUCCAUUCAAACUUAUUAUCUCUCUUCAAAGGCUUAAGCUUGGAGGAAAUAAGUUCUCAGGAACUGUACCAGGAGGUCUUCUGAAACAAAGUUCGAUGUUACUGUCUGAGCUGGAUCUCAGCAAUAAUAAGCUAGAAGGUACAAUAGGAGGCAUUAGCUCUACUACUCUGAGGAACCUUAACCUGUCUUCAAAUUCCCUCUCAGGUGUAUUGCCUGCUGUUGUUGCACAUUGUUCUAUCAUAGAUCUGAGCAACAACAUGUUUUCAGGGAACGUGUCGAGAAUCCAGAACUGGGGAAACAACGUGGAGAUCAUUCAUCUGAGCUCAAACUCACUAACAGGAACUCUGCCGAAUCAAACCUCUCCUUUCUCGAACCUGACUUCACUCAAGAUAUCAAACAACUCAAUACAUGGUGAACUCCCAUCAGUCCUGGGGACAUACCCGGGACUCAAAGAAAUCGACCUCAGUCUCAAUUCUCUCACUGGGUCCAUCCUCCCUGAUUUGUUGACUUCAACAGUGUUAACUGAUCUCAACCUGUCGACCAACAAUCUGACCGGUCCCAUACAGGUUCAAGGAAGCCACAAUGUCAGCUUGACAUCUCUUGAUCUUUCUCAUAACUCAUUAAAUGGUGGUAUACCUCCAGAAAUUGGUCAAUUUCAUAAGUUGCUGUAUCUGAACCUCUCUCAUAAUGGUCUGAAUGGCGACAUCCCAUCAGAAAUUCCAGAUGGAUUAAAAGGGCUCGAUGUAUCUUCCAACAACCUGUCUGGUGUUAUUCCUGACAACUUGAAGCGCUUCCCUGAAUCGUCUUUUCUCCCAGGGAACUCCUUGUUGACAAUUUCCAUCUCUCCAAUGUCACCAAAGGGUGAUUCUCAAGGUGUGACUCUUCCAGUUCACCGAUCACGACUAAGACCGGCUAUUAAAGCUGCAAUUAUUUUGGGGAUUGUAGUUACAUGUGGAAUUUUAUUCAUCUUGUGCAUAGCUUUCCAUUCGAAGACCCAGUUUCAGAAUCUUAGGAUGGGAACUUCAAAAGGUAUUGUCAGAAAUGAACGUGGUGUACAAAGUCGGUCCUCAUUGCUGCCUACUACAUCCAAGCUGCAAUCUACUGCAUAUGACAAUGGUGAACCAUCAUCAACCCUUGAGAAGCCCAGAGACAGUCCUCAACAUUUCAGACAGGAGGAAGGAUUAUCUUCUCCCAUUUCCGUUUGUUCUUCACAGCCAUCCCCUUCUAAAGGCCAUCUUUCUCCUGAGAGUCCCGGUAUGCUAAAGGUGUACUCCCCUGACAAAUUGGCAGGGGAUCUUCAUCUGUUCGAUAGCUCAUUAGCAUUCACUGCGGAGGAACUUUCACGGGCCCCAGCAGAAGUUAUUGGCAGGAGUUGCCACGGAACUCUAUAUAAAGCAACACUCGAUUCUGGUGCUGUCCUAGCUGUGAAGUGGUUAAAGGAAGGGAUAUCCAAAGGAAGAAAGGAAUUUGGGAGGGAAGUUAAGAAACUCGGGAGCAUCAGGCACCCGAAUUUCGUCCCUCUAGUGGGUUACUAUUGGGGUCCGAAAGAUCAUGAGAGGAUGAUUAUAUAUAGCUACUUUGAUGCACAAAGUUUAGGCCUUUAUCUUCAGGCUUCUGAUGCAGAGCAAAGAAAGCUGCCAUUUUUAUCACUACCCGAAAGGCUGAGGGUGGCGAUUAGUAUCAGUCGAUGCCUGAGCUUUAUCCACAACCAGAAAGCAAUGCCUCAUGGCAACCUCAAAUCAACAAACAUUUUAUUACAACCUCCACAGUUGGAACCCAUGCUGACCGACUACGGCCUCCACCGGAUAAUGACAUCAGCAGGAACAGCAGAGCAAGUUCUGAAUGCCGGUGCUCUUGGAUACAGACCUCCUGAGUUUGCCAGUUCGAGCAAGCCCUGCCCUUCGCUGAACAGCGAUGUGUAUGCGUUUGGGGUCAUUCUGUUGGAGCUCCUAGUCGGUAAAAGCUCUGCAGAUAUUGUCCCAUGGGAACAUGGAGUAGUUGAUUUGACAGAUUGGGUCCGGGUAUUAGCUGAAGAGAGCCGUGGCAACGAGUGCUUCGAUAAGCAGCUAAUCAACACGCCUAAUAGAGAGGAGUCUCUCAGAGUUGCCAACCGAAUGCUAAGCGUCGGACUUAGGUGCGUGGCAUCUGCUGCAGAAAGGCCUGACAUGAAGACAGUUUUUGAAGAUCUGUCAGCCAUAUCUUCAUGAAAAAACACCCAUCUCGAUUCAGAAGUAAUCAUGAUCACUCUGACCCCCCCUUUUUCCUCCCCUUUCCAUUGUUGCUAACCCCCCAAAUUUAUUGGUUUUCUCCAGCAUGUUCUUUCCUCCUUAGCUUCUUUUGAUUUUGCUUUAGAGGCAGGCAUAUGAUUUUUGUUUGUGAAAUAGCAGUACAGCUGCUUGUUUUGUUUGUUGGUUUGUGAAUAGUGGGUUUUGAUCAUUUCUUCCUUUCUGGGUUCUGGUUUUGUGCUAUCAUUAUUCCUUGGACUACCACUACUACUCCUAGCCACUAAUUGCAGGAUGUUUGGUUUUGUGAAUAGUGGGUUUGUUCAUUACUACCACUAAUUGCAGGAUGUUUGUGGUUCCUACAAUCUCAUUUUAGUGAUUUGUUAGCGCCUCUGAUGGAAGUUCUGUUCCUUCUGUGCAAGCAUGACACUUUGAGUCCCUUCGUCGUGGACAAGUUCUAUUGAGAUUUUCAUAUUACCAGAAACGGGGAAAAGGAUAUGCUGUUUUCCAUGCGGCGAUCAAAUGACAACUGCCAAACAAUGCUUAAUAUGGGUACGUUGUUUUUCCUCCGUAACGUGGCGGUCUUAGCUGUUAGCUAGCUGUAACGGCUUUUGCCGAGUAGCCUUCAGCUCGCCUGGGGACGCGUUUGGCAGAGACGGAAAGCGAAAACUAAAAUCCACUGAAGGCUGGCGUGCUCCAUCGGGUUUUCUUCCGGUCACGAUCGGACGCGGCCCGGCUAAUUCGAAAUAAGUGUUUGAAUUAGUUGAAUGUACUAUUGUAAGUUAACAAAUGAACGGCUGCUUUACGAAAACUAUGGUCUUAAUAGGGGGCAAGUGACCGACAAAUUUAAAUUAGCAACUUUAGAAAUAUGAAAUGCUUACAAGUUGGAAACAUGUCCAUAUCUAGUAAAUUAUGUAGCAACUUAAGAUUCAUGAGUAGAUGGAUCUAAGAGACCCUUUUCCUUUUGACAAAUGUGGAUCUUAUUCAAACAAUAUGAAUAGAUAAAUUUUUCGUAAAAGAUAAGAUAGGUGAGAUGGUCGAGAUCACUUCGAAAAGGAUCUUUAAUUCGAGCUUUCUCAUCGUUAUAAUUCACUACAGACAAUCCGCUAGCUAGUUGAUCAAAACCGUCAAGGGCAUAACAUGAGAAACCUAAGCUAUAGGACUUUUAUUCUUUUAACAACCAUUGAGAUAUAUCUAUGCAUGAUUUACUCUGUAAAAUCUAACGCUUAACUUCUUAACCAAUGACCAUAUUUCAAAUUUGAUAUUGUUUUCCCUCAAACAAAUUGUAUUCAACAGCUGUUUGAAUGGGUGUUUCGCAACGAGGAUAAAUAAACAAAUCACAACUAAACAUAUUAAGUAAAUGGUCACUAAUAUUUAGGAUAAUUGACAAAUCGGUCACUAAACUUUUAAACUCCUACCGAAUGAAAAUUCUCAUCUAGAAUUAUCCAAAUUAUAGAACCAAACUCGUUGAACCUAAUAAUUCUCUGUCUCACCGAUCAUGGUUAGGGAACAUAAUCAAGCCCAACAUGCAUUACUCGCUCUAACCUAGCUCGUAUUGGUUCAAUUAUGGAUCAUUUAUUAUUUACCAACAUACUAUCUCAAAUGAAAAGUCACUCAUAUAGACUUGAAGUUUGCGCAGGUCCAGACACCGUGUGCUUAACAUAACAGAUGAGAAUCAUCGGGAUUCAAAUAGAAGACCUCUUGGUCACAGAAAACUCCGAUACCAUGCAAACCAAAAACCCUUUUGGACUCUGAACAAGUCGACUAUUGCGAUCUUCAAUCACAGUACGUUAAAUAACAAUUACGAAAAUGUGCAACUUUUCCCCCCUUUUGAAAGUUUUCGGUCGAAAGAAGAGACCAAUUUGUUACCCGACCCAAACUCGGAGACCAUUCGUGUAAUUUGGCCUAUUAAUUUUUUUUUAAAAAGAAGGGAUCUGUGAUAACUAGGUAGUGGGUAUGAUGUCAUACUAAAUGUUGUUUAAGGAACCGUGUGAUGCCAAAUGCCAACUCUCCAAGAAAGAUUUCUUCGAUAUUUCCCCAAAAAUCUGCGACUCCACCAACAGAUUUCCUCCUCCUUGGAUCUGACUGUUUCUUCUCUGCCACCAACUUCUGAAAAUAAAAAUGCCACGCAAUCCCAAGUUUCGACCUGUUUCAUCUCUCAACAUGUGGAUGGUAAGUAAAAUUAACUACUACAUUGGACCUUGAUAGUCGCAUUAUUAAAUUUUUGCUAGCUAGAAGAGGAUCUAAGUUCGGUGUGACGAAUUCAAAUCUUACUGUAGAGUAGAACUGUAGAAGGAUGUUCGAAAACUAACAUAAUUUCAUGCAUCUUAUGCUCAUAAGGAUGUUCGAAAACUAACAUAAUUUCAUGCAUCUUAUGCUCAUCUGGCAUUUUUUUUUUACGGUAGAACGUGCUUUUAAUUGGCAGUUGAGUUUGGGUAUGGUUGGAAUAAUGAACAUGAUUUGUGGGUAUUUUAUCUUUUUACCUUUUGCAAUUUAAUUCUCAUCACACUAUAGCUAAUACAUGAGUUGGUUUUCUGGUUCAAUUUACUUGAAAACCCAAAACAAAUUAGAAAAAUAACUAUCCAUCGAUACCCCUAGUACAAAAACCGAUUCAACCAUCGGUGCAACUCUCACAAUAACACGAGUUCGAGUCCCUAUACGACUUCCAACAUAAUUCCUAAACAUUUUGUGUAUAGUAACGAUUCCAUGUCACUUGAGAAACUUCGUCAUUGUUGUGAAAAAGAAGUAGUCAAAUGUGAAAGAGAAAGAAAAAAAUUUUAAGUGGGCUAAUCAAUAAGCUACAUAUCCAAGAAACAACCCAGUCUGUCUGUCCCCUGUUUUCUACAAUAUAUUCGUUUUCUUCUGUUUCAACUCCGGCGCUCCGCAAAUCCACAGUUGUUAAAGGUCUGCAUAGGAUCAAGUGCUUCGGCAUUAAAAUAAUGAACUGGACUCCACCAAGUUAAUUUCUUCCGUCACCCAACCACCAAAUCGGAUCCGUUUUUUAUAUGAAUCCGGAAAAUCCAAAGUUUCUGUUCCAUUCCCUUCUCCUUGUCCCUCUCUCUCUUUCUCUUCCCAUUCUCUGAUUCUCCCGCUCAUCCCAACUCUGUCUUUCUUUCUCUUCCUCUGUUCAUCAUCCUUCCAUUUUCUCUUCUUGUUCAUCUUGCCAAAGAUCAAUCCACAUUACUAAACCACAUUACUAAACCACAGAGCAAACAGAAGCAGAGAGUUAUGGAGGCGCCACACCAGUUCUACUGACGUACAGAAACCAAUCCUCCACCGGCCGGCGGCGAACUUCUGAUCAGGUAUGCCUACAGUUUUCUUGCUCUCCCUAUGUGGGUUUGAGCUAAUCAAUCUUUUAGAAAUGUUAAUCCAGUGGUUUAUUCGAAACUAGCGGGCUAGUCUCUGUUUCUGUAGAAUAGAAAAAACAGGGGGUUUCAGUUCACGGAAAACAAUUUUAGCCAGGACUGUUGCAAAUGGGCGGUGGCUAAAGGUCCAGAUCGUUGCAAUAUCUAAGUACUGGUGUAAUUUCGUCACUAAAAACGUUUUGAUUAGCAGCUAAUUCAUUAGUUUACACGAUCACAAUCAUGCAACGAGAGAAGCUGAAACUCGUACUUAAUGAUUAUCAAACGAUUUUUAAUUUUCUGGAAACAAAAUCACUUGAUUCGCGUCGAAAGAAAUUUCAGUUAUACAGUAAUCAACGAUUCCAUAUUUUGUAGUUUGUUUUUAGGGCUUAGGCUUCUGAGUUUUGUUAGUAGUGCAGAGCCACCUUGCUUACAGCAUAAAAUAAAAUUUUACUAUAUCUUCACUAUUUCCUGAGAAAGAAAGAAAUGACCGUUUCUCCAUACCACAACGGUCUUCGAUUUCCAUGUGUUAUUUAUUUAAUUCGGAGCUUGAUAUUCUUGUUUAGCGUACAGAUUUUCAUAUGAUAAUAAAAUAAAUAAUAACAAUUGUGUCCAAUGAGUACAUUUUGAAGUUUUUAUUCCAUAAAAAAGAGAAUUUGUCAACUAGCUACUUAUUUGAGACGUGAUUUCCAUCACAAAUUGAGCAAAUCAGAGGAUUUUUUUUUUCUUAAUUGAUUUAUUAUAGGGAAUUGAGAAACAAUCAUGCUAAUUUUUAUUUAUUUACAUAAUCUAACAAUAAAAUUAGAAGAACACGUGACAACGUCGAGGCAGUAACAUCUACUAUAAACUCGUAUGAUUUUCAAUCAUCUAAUAUGUUUUGUUAAUAAGUAUAUAAUCGAAUUGAUUAAAAAUCUUCGAUUCAUCUUAUUCGAGAAUGAUAUAAAGUCUGAAAUCGUUCACUAUACUACUAAAAGUGUAAUCAUGAAAAAACUGUUAAUAAAAAAAAUUAACGGAUAGAUUCAUUAUUUUAUUUCUUUCAUGAAAGCUAAAUAUUCCUAAUAAUACUCACCUCCAACGUUAUUAUUGCUCUCAUAUUAAGCAUCCUAAUUAGUUUUAUAAUAUAUUCCAAUCUUUGUUAUGAUUUACAGCUGGCAAAUAUACCAAAAACCCUCACUAUUACACGCCAAAAAGGUGGAAAAAAACUCCUAAUUAGUUGUUUUUUAUUAUUUUUAAUCCUUUUCGAAGCCUCAUUUCUAAUUCUUAAUCUCAUUUUCUCUGCAGAGUUCACUCCUUUCUUCCUUCUACCCUGUCUCUCCUCCCACCGUCGGCAGCAAUGGCGGACGCCGACGGAGCCCCACCGCCGCGAUACUCGACUUCGACGGACCAGACUCGCACCACCUCCCGCACCACCAGCUGCUCCACCCAGACCACCACCACCACCGGCACGAUGGAUCCGGGCUCUCCGACCACCAAGCUCCUCAAAGCCGUCCUCCCGG